AGACUGUACAGGCAUUAAAAUUUUGCUUGGCAUUACUCAAAAACAAAAGAAAACUAAAAGGAAGAAAUAAGAACAAGACAAAGAUUGUAUAAAUUUUAAAAUCAUGCAAAAACUGCAAAUCUAUGUCUAUAUUUACCUGUUUAUGCUGAUUGUUGCUGGUCCAGUGAAUCUAAAUGAGAACAGCGAGCAAAAAGAAAAUGUGGAAAAAGAGGGGCUGUGUAAUGCAUGUACUUGGAGACAAAACACUAAAUCUUCAAGAAUAGAAGCCAUAAAAAUUCAAAUCCUCAGUAAACUUCGCCUGGAAACAGCUCCUAAUAUCAGCAAAGAUGCUAUAAGACAACUUUUGCCCAGAGCUCCUCCACUCCGGGAACUGAUUGAUCAGUACGAUGUCCAGAGAGAUGACAGCAGCGAUGGCUCCUUGGAAGAUGAUGAUUACCAUGCCACAACAGAAACGAUCAUUACCAUGCCCACAGAGUCUGAUCUUCUAAUGCAAAUGGAAGGAAAACCUAAAUGUUGCUUCUUUAAAUUUAGCUCUAAAAUACAAUACAAUAAAGUAGUAAAGGCCCAACUGUGGAUAUAUCUGAGACCUGUCAAGAGUCCUACAACAGUGUUUGUGCAAAUUCUGAGACUCAUCAAACCCAUGAAAGACGGUACAAGGUAUACUGGAAUCCGAUCUCUGAAACUUGACAUGAACCCAGGCACUGGUAUUUGGCAGAGCAUUGAUGUGAAGACAGUGUUGCAAAAUUGGCUCAAACAGCCUGAAUCCAACUUAGGCAUUGAAAUCAAAGCUUUAGAUGAGAAUGGUCAUGAUCUUGCUGUAACCUUCCCAGGACCAGGAGAAGAUGGGCUGAAUCCCUUUUUAGAAGUCAAGGUAACAGACACACCAAAAAGAUCCAGAAGAGAUUUUGGACUUGACUGUGAUGAGCACUCAACAGAAUCUCGAUGCUGUCGUUACCCUCUAACUGUGGAUUUUGAAGCUUUUGGAUGGGAUUGGAUUAUUGCACCUAAAAGAUAUAAGGCCAAUUACUGCUCUGGAGAGUGUGAAUUUGUAUUUUUACAAAAAUAUCCUCAUACUCACCUUGUACACCAAGCAAACCCCAGGGGCUCAGCAGGUCCUUGUUGUACUCCCACAAAGAUGUCUCCAAUUAAUAUGCUAUAUUUUAAUGGCAAAGAACAAAUAAUAUAUGGGAAAAUCCCAGCCAUGGUAGUAGAUCGCUGUGGGUGCUCAUGAGAUUUAUAUUUGGUUCUUAACUUCCUAAAACAUGGAAGACUUCCCCUCAACAAUUUUGAAACUGUGAAAUUAUGUACCACAGGCUAUAAGCCUAGAGUAUGCUACAGUCACUUAAGUACAAGUUACAGUAUAUGAACUAAAAGAGAGAAUAUAUGCAAUGGUUGGCAUUUAACCAUCAAAAUAAAUCACACUGUAGAAAGUUUUAUGAUUUCCAGAGUUUUUGAACUAGGAGAUCAAGUUACAUUUAUGUUCAUAUAUAUCACAUCAUAUGAAAGCAAUUCU